UAAAUUAGAAAUGUUUAAAAUUAUUAAUAAAUUGCAAUUAUUCCAGCAUCUGUUUAACUGAUUAUAUUUGAUGUUCUGUUAAAAUUUCUUAAAAUGUUUAAAGUUGUUAUAAUACCGUUAAUAGUAAUAUUUCAAUAUUUAUAACAUGAAAGAAGUUGUACACAUGGCACGUUAUAAUAAACGUGGUUGUGCGUUUUCCAAGGAAAUCGCGUGAACACAAUUUUGUAGCUGCUACAAACAUCAUAUAUAAUUCUGUGAAGUAAAUUAUUUAAGAAUUAAGGACUUUUUAAAGUAUCAUGAAUGUUUCAAAUGUAUAGUGACGUUAUAUCGAACAAAAGCGUGAAGUGCGGAUGCUAUAGACCCAUCUCUGUUAUUGCUUAUUAUCUUUUUGAUAUCUACGUUCCUUUAUAUUAAACUAUUGGAUAUCGAGGAUAAUGAAAAUAUAGUGUUAUUGAAUAACAAUCGGGAUACGGUGUAUACAAAUUACUGGAAAACAAGAAAAUAUAGGAGAUAGAUAAGAGAAAUUUAUAAAGAAAAGAAGAAGAUCCAACAUGCCACAGAACGAGUAUAUCGAGAGGCAUCGUAAACUAUAUGGACGACGUUUAGAUUAUGAGGAAAGGAAAAGAAAAAGGGAGGCCCGUGAGCCUCAUAAACGUGCGGAACGCGCUCGUACUUUACGUGGUAUAAAAGCAAAGAUUUUCAAUAAAGAACGGAGAAAUGAAAAGAUCCAAAUGAAAAAGAAGAUUAAAUCUCAUAUGGUAAAGAAAGUGAAAGAAAAAUCUUCAAAUGUACCAGAAGGAGCACUACCUGUAUAUUUAUUGGAUCGUGACAUUAAAAAAGAUGCGAAAGUAUUGUCAAAUAUGAUAAAACAGAAACGUAAAGAAAAAGUUGGGAAAUGGGAUGUACCAAUACCUAAAGUUAAAACACAGUCAGAAUCUGAAGUCUUCAAAGUAAUGAGAAGUGGAAAGUCUAAACGCAAAUCUUGGAAAAGAAUGGUAACAAAAGUGACAUUUGUUGGUGAGAACUUUACUAGGAAACCACCAAAAUUUGAAAGAUUUAUUAGACCAAUGGCACUCCGUUUCAAAAAGGCCCAUGUAACUCAUCCUGAACUAAAAGCCACAUUUUGUUUGCCUAUUAUUGGAGUUAAAAAGAAUCCAAGUUCACCAAUGUACACAAGCUUAGGUGUUAUUACUAAAGGAACAAUUAUUGAAGUGAAUAUUUCAGAAUUAGGUCUUGUAACUCAAUCUGGAAAAGUAGUAUGGGGAAAAUAUGCUCAAGUUACAAAUAAUCCUGAAAACGAUGGCUGCAUCAAUGCUGUAUUACUUGUAUAAAUUCCUUUUGUUGUAUUACUGCAUUAUGUAUGCUGAUAAUAUGUCUGUAAUAAAAAUUGUUUAAAUGUAAA